UGAAUGCGCAGGCGCGUGCAAAUUUCGCAUUGGCUUUGCGUGCACGGCCAGCUGUGCCAGUUGCGUCUGAAUUUCAAUAAAUAAGUAGGAAAAUAAUUACAGGGUCAAAAUUUCCAAUUUAACGAAUCGAAAAUGUCUCUGGGCAUCUCGUCCCGCCUCAAGCACCCCAAGAAGCACGAACUGAUGAAAUCGCACAGCCAGGCUCAGAUUCUCGCCAAUAAACUGAGACAGGAUGGGGUCCUUACCACAGUCGAGAACGUACUUCAAGCCGUGGAUCAAGUGGCGGCGUUGCUCGCUUCCACUGCCGUGGACCCCAACAUCUCAUACAAGGACAGUAUAAUCAAUUUGUGUCAACAUUUGAAGGUGUAUGGCGCAUACUUGGAAAUACUCUACAAGGAACAAUUAGACCACGCAUUUAAGAUUUUUCGGGACACAGCCCAGGACAUUAGUCGAGGCGACAUUCUUUCGCGAUUACACUUGCUCGAGCUCAUCGAACUGAGAGCAAAAGGAUGGAAGGGCACAGAAGUCAUGGAUCAGUAUUACAGGCGAAAAGCAAAUGAAUAUGUGCAGAUAGACAUGUCUGACUCUGCUACUAGUUUAAACGAAUCGAUGUGUUCUAUGACGAUGUCGGCGUCGCCGCCACUUCUGGGUCCUGGUGAAGUGCUGAAGCCUUCAGGGAAGUUCAGCAAACCGACUCGAAUUCCGGGUAAAAAGUAUUGCAAGGACGAGGUGGUAAUCAGGAAUGCAGAUUCGGGUAAAGUAAUGGGUAUCAAAGGAAGGCGUGUUCAUAUGAUUGAAGAGCUUAGUGAAACGAUCAUUUCGUUUCAGCGAGUCAAUCCCGGUGCUAAGGAGAGACUGGUUCAGAUUACCGGAGCGAACGAAGAAAGCAUCAAUCAUGCUAAACGAUUAAUCGAAGACACGAUUCGACGGAACGCUUCCCCUGUUAGAGAACACGACAUGGCCGUCGGUGGCCCUCUAACAGGCUCCAGUUCUAGUAUCAACUCUUCUGCUUCUGAUGAUAGUGCUCUACCAUCAUCAGCCAGAGCAUCAAGAGCUUUAUUGCACAGUUUGAGCACAAACGACGCCAAUAUUGGCGAAUACAAAUACAGCGUAGUCACCAAUGGCCACACUAUCAAAAUCACCGGUGAUAAUCUCGAUUUAGUUCGAACGAGCAAAUUGGUUUUGGAGGAAUAUUUCUCAGGGGAACCAAUACACGAACAAUUUUACAGUUUCGAUAGUCUCCCUCAACCAAUCGUCGCAGGCGUAGAGGACGSACCGCUCUCUCCACCCGAAUCCAUCCCUUCUCCUGGAGUGAUCACAAAUGGACAAAKCGACGACUCAGGUAAAGUUUUGAGGAAACUACGCAAACCCCAUACGCCUAUCGAAGAAAUAAUCAAAGGCAAAUCGUCGCCUACCGAACAAAUAACUAAGACGACUUUGGUGUAUACGAUCGAAUUUUUGGCUCAUUUGGCCAUGUCACCGUUGUGUUUAACGGUACCAAGUGAUUGGGAGAGAAUCUCAAAGGAGUAUCCGUUUUUAAUCCGCAAUACUGUGGAGAGUUUCGAUGCCAAACAAUAUCUAUCCACGCGCACAGGCGAACCCACUUGCGUCCUCAGCGCCGACGAAGUCGAUACAUCAGAUGUUUGACACAAACAUCGAAUUACGUUUUAAGAAAAGCAAUUUUUGUUCUUUCGUACGAAAUUUUUUUCUUCGGGCUCAAUUUGUUUAUUAACGUUAGAAUAGUAAAAAAUAUAAAAAAUCGUUUUGUACUCUAUGGAUAGUUGCCUAUUUUUCGUACACAGUUUGUAACAUUUUUAAAAGGGUUUGAUGUGUUGUGUUUUUUGACAAGUGUUUAAAAUUGUUGGUUUAGUAGAAAAAUCUAUUAACUUAAGAUUAAAACAAAAAAUACGAGACUACUUAUUUUUAGUUACUUGACUGACUUUACUAAUUUUUAGUGAACCUUUCAUUUUCUCACUUUAUUAUUUAUAUGUGAUCAUUAUAAUCAUGUAAGACAGUUUCUAUGUAUUGGAUUAAUAUGUAGUUCUGGCAUAGGUUUAUGGAACUAGUGAUAUCUGUUGGUGGAUCUUACACGGUAUUGAUAUUAUUAAACGAAUGACGUGUCCAGAGCACUACUUACUCUGUGAGUUAUUAUUGUUAUUAUUAAGCAUUUGUUUUUGUGAUUAGUUUUAUUUUUUGUGUAACCAAUCUGGUCAUGUCGACUGUUACCGAAAGUUUUGUUUUUCUUUUGUAUACAGUUUAUUUAUUCGAUCGAAUAUUUAAUGUUUAUUACUUGCUUCAAGUUUAAUAAAGUUUCUGAAUUAA